AUGGUGUACUUUAGGAAGUCCCAUUCUAAAUCCUUGUCAACUGCCAGAAAACGUCGUUCACAACGUAAUUCCUGUUCUCGCAGUGGUCAACAUCCAGUGUCAUCACCUAGUGAUAGUAUUGUAAAUGUAGAUAAAAAAAGAUAUUCGCAUAACUUUCCUAGUAGAAGUGGUUUCUUUUGCGAAAUAGAAUGUUUAGAUAGAUUACGAUCGGUUCCUGUUAAAGCAAGUGACUCUUCACAAAAGUCAUCCAACAUAGAAAAUCAAGGAGAAGUCACUGAUAACACGGAUAUCGGCCGUAAGUCGAAUAAUGAGUUAUUGGGAGAAGAUUUGGAUGCUGACACUGAACCGGAAUAUGAAGUACAACCAGAAAAGUUAACAGAUAGAUCAGUAUGUCGAAAAUAUAUACAGUCUAACUCCCGUCAGGACCGUCUUAAUUCAAAAGAAACAAAAGAGUUUUGUACCUCAAAAGGACAUUCACCACCCUAG